CCCGUCGGCCCCGUCCUCUCCCCCUUCUCUCUAUCUCCGCCUCCGUCCUCCUGCUCUUUCGGCUUUUGCCUUCACUUCCAUCCAAACACACUCCCUCUCUCUCUCUCUCAAUCUUCACGCCCCCUCGCAUUGCUCUCCGCCUCUGUAACUGAAGGAAAAAAAUCAGCUGGGGAGUGGUUUUGGGGAUGAAGAAAUCUGGUAGGAUCUUGCUCUGUAGGAUGUGGAUUCUACUGGGUCUUCUUCGUACGACGACCCUGCGCUUUCUUCGUCGUCCUGCUCCUCCUCCUCUGUCGUAGCAGCAGAGGAAGAAGGCACUGAACCCUCGCGAGAAGUUUCUGCUCUCGGAAUUCGCAUUUCUCCAUUUUUGGGGUCCGCAAAUGGGCACUGCCGCAGAGCCUCAGUUCCAUGUUUUGGCCGUCGAUGACAGUCUCGUCGAUAGGAAGCUCAUCGAGAGGCUCCUCAAGAUUUCCUCUUACCAAGUGACUGCAGUUGAUUCUGGGAGUAAGGCUCUCGAGUUCCUGGGUUCCCGUGGAAACAAUGGCCGAAGCAGCUCCGAUCCUGUCCCGUCCGUUUCACCGAACGAUCAUCAAGGAGUCGAGGUGAAUCUCAUCAUCACAGACUACUGUAUGCCCGGAAUGACCGGCUACGACUUGCUCAAGAAAAUCAAGGAAUCUUCAUCUCUGAGAGACAUCCCGGUGGUCAUUAUGUCAUCCGAGAAUGUCCCUUCACGGAUCAGCAGGUGCUUGGAAGAAGGAGCGGAGGAGUUCAUCCUGAAGCCAGUGAGAUUAUCGGAUGUGAAUAAGCUCAGACCCCACAUGAGGAGAACCAAGAAGCUCAAGACUCAUCAGCAGGAACCGCGAGAAGACUCGGAGAGGCAUGGCGAGAUUCGAUCACAGCCAGCGCGCCAACAUGAACUUGAAAUUCAACAGAGCCAACACCAUCCGUCCCAGCAGGUUCCACAACACCAGCAACAGAAAUCCAGCAAUAACAACAAGAGAAAGGCCAUUGACGCUGAAGAAGGCCUUUCGCCUGACAGAGCAAGAACCAGAUACAGCGGGGUCGCCACUUUCUGAUGAAUCACACAUUAUAAUUUCUUGUGACCUCGUGCCUUUUUACUCAUUUUGCCUUUCACACCCAAUUCCUGCUUACUGCUGGAGCAUACAGGUUGGAGAGAAACGCCGGAGAAUUUUUUUCGU